CUUGAUUUUCCAAGAUGGCGGAAAAUUUGGAAGAAAACAUGUCCGCAAAAGUGAUAGAAAUUGGCGAUGAGGAUGGAAUUGAAAAUGUGCCAGGGAGAUUGAAAGAUGGAGAGAAACCUCAGGUAGUUAUUUUGAUAGCGAUAAAGUUUAGCCUGGCUUUAAUACGCCUUUGUAAUUCAGUCCAGAACUUUUCAACUUUAAUGUUAAAAAUUGAAAAUUAAUUUCCACAGACCCUUUGCUUGGGUAUAAAAAGUUUACAAAAAACUCCCAAAAGAGCUUAAACAUUUCCUUUCGAAGUACUAGGGACAGCAAUGACAAAAUCUGUGCUUUUUUGCACGUAUUUUCCUAGCUUGAAAUAGUGAACGACAUUGAGAUGGCAUCGGAAGAAAUCACUUCCGAAGAAAAAGUAGACGUCAAAGAUGUCAUAGCCGUGAGCACGGAAUCCACUCUACCAGAACACGAGAUGCCAUUACCUGUCGCUAAGCAACAGGAACAAGUACAGAGCAUCGCAAUGACCACCAGCAAACCAGCGUCGGUUAGACCUGCCCCAGCGCCUUAUGGAAGCACUGGUACAAAAAGUCGAAGUGAAACAACGAAGUUUGGUAGAAAGGGAAAGAGAAAAAUUGACAGUGGUCAAGGAACAUCUGCGACAAAGAAAUCAAAGGGGUAAAGAAUAGGAGUUCACCAGAUAGAACAUUUACUAUUCGGCCGGAUAUUUGCUACUAAACAAUUACUUUAUAGUCUCCGUGUUUGGAUGGCCUGAUCCAAACAUGCGGGAAUGUUGCGAGAGUUAAGAAAAGCGCACAAAAUCACGAGCCGAAGACGAGUGAUUUUGCACGCUUUUCUUAACUCGAGCAACAUUCCCAAGUGUUUGGAUCAGGCCAUCCAAACACGGAAACCAUAAAGUAAUUGUUUAUAAAAUAACAAAUUUCCGUGUUAAAAUUUCACUUUAAAAAACUUUCACUUUAAAUUUAUGUGUUUGGAUGGCCUGAUCCAAACACGGGUUUCGACCAAUCAGAGCACGCGUUAUAUACAUGUUAUUUUAUAAAGAAGGUUCAGCCCUAAUCAUUCAAGAUAUAAACUCGAACAGUGUUGUGUGUGUGUGUCUGUGCCAAUAGUGAGCUUGAGCAAGUGACGUUUUUCUCAACAUGGACUUCGUCUGAAAACUGGUAUAACAAAACUGGUAUAACAAAACUGGUAUAACUAAUUUGGGCUGUAUUUCGCAUCAUAGCGCUUGUGCAAGGAAGCAAAAAACUUUAAAAACCUUAUGUUUUGCCAUAUGUUUUGAAGAUUACCACAGACUGACACAAAUACAGUUUUUAAUCCGGUCCCCCCUUGGCAAUCUGACGUCCGUUUUGACAAAAACAUUGCUUGCUUAAGCUUGCAAAUAACACCAGAAAGAUGCAGAUUGAUACAGAUUCAACCGGCUGAAAAAUAUGGCUGACACUGCAUACGGCUGAUGUUGCGGCUGAUGCUGCAGCAGCUCCCAGUGGUGUGUGAGAACUUCGACUUUUUAAUCGAGACCUUUUAAUCGAGACCUAGACCUUGGAUUUUUCAGGCAGUUGAAUCCGUCUCGAUCCACAGUAUCUGGCUAGAUAUUUCAUAUAUCCAGCCAAAUACUCAGGAUAAUGAGAUUACCUCACUAUCAGGCUCAGAUAUCCAGGCAGAUAUGAUAGCUGGUGCAUUCCUAAUUUUGAUGUUGUUAUUUAUAGUGAACCAGCUCAACAGAGAUUGCCAUCCCAUGGCUAUCCCUUAGAACAUCCAUUUAAUAAAGUAAGGAAACUACUAUAUUAUUUAUAUUAACCUAUUGAGCCGCAAUGCGCCCCAGUGCACCCUACUUAUUUUUUUUUACUUGUCUAAUGCCAGACAAUUUUAUUCAUCAAUGGGGAAGCCCCGCUGGCGCAGCUUAAUGGGUUAACCAAAAAAUCUGACAAUGUGUCUAGUUAACCCAUUGAGCCGCAAUGCGCCCCAGUGUGCCCUACUUAUUUUUUACUUGUCUAACGUCUUAACAGUGCGCCCUACUUUUUUUUUUACUUGUCUAACUCUAACGUUGUAACAGUGCGCCCUACUUAUACAUUUUACUUGUCAAUGGGGAAGCCCUGCAGCUUAAUGGGUUAAUUUUGAACAGUCUGUGUAGUGUAACAAAAUGUCGGUAACAAUAGAGAUACAACUGUCUGAAAAAUACAAGGAGAAAUUCUCGUAUUUUUCACAUAGUUAAAUCUUUAUCUGCAAUGUCCUAAUCUCUUGACCAACUUCAGAAAAUUAUGACCUAUUAACCCAGUGACCAGUGCCCUUGAUGAGUGAAAUCGUCUGGCAUUCGAUGGAGUAAAAUAAUAAAGUAAGUUGCAUUUUGUCAGGCUACUUUGUUAUUAGUGAUUGACCGAUUGUGCAACAAUCAGAAAUUACUGGUUAUUCAUGCCAUAAUCUGCCAUAUACCGAUUUUAUAAUGACGUCAUAAUAUCAGUCGACCAAGUGAAGGUGACAUUAUUCAUGUCGAUUUUUUAACAAUGAUUUCCAACGUAACAUGUUACUGCAACCAAAGAUCGUUAAAACAGUUCAUAAAUAGCACGCUUCACACAUUAAUUUAACAUAUUGCGUUAAACGCAACAUGUACCAACGUGCAAUGCAUAUAAUUUUUAAAGUGUGUAUUUUCUCAACAAUCAGUUUUAAACAAUCGAAAUAUAUACAAUCUACCGAUUGGGUCAUUCCAGAAAACAUCCAUACCACCCCCAUGGAGGAAAUUGGAAGUUAACCCCCCUACCCACUUCAGAUGUCCUAAUACAUUUACUAUUAUCACAAACAAUUUUUUCUCCCCUCCCUCUCCGGACGGCAGAAAUUUCCUCCGUGGGAGUGUGGAUCUUUUCUGGAAUGAUCCAUUCCGAUUUUCUACCGAUAAGGCAAAAAUCAGCCCGAUGCUGAUACCAAUUAUGAGUCAACCACUAGUUGUUAUAAUUUUACUCUGUCUAACGCCAGACAACAUUACAGCACUCGUCAAGGGGAGAGUACUGGUGCUGAAUGGGUUAAUGAGUUACUAUUUGCUUUAUUUGGUGGUUGGUAAAAGUUCAUCCAUCUUGAUGUGUUUCUUCAAAGGAUGGUUACAGAUACAUUCUAGCCGAGGAAGAUCCGAAUGCACCAAAGUCUAACUUUGACCUAGAGUCUUGGGCUGGCAAACCUAUCCCCGGAGAACUAUAUAGAGUUGCUUUACAUCAUAAAGUUUAUCUGACAUCACAUGACAGAGGUAUGACGAAUGACGAGCAUGAUGAAUUCAUACUCAAAUCACUUUCAAACAGGUUAACUUUUUACUUUUAUGCAGCACCGCAGCUGAAGAUUUCAGAUGAUCGUUUGUCUGUAACUGGUGAAAAAGGCUAUAGCAUGGUUAGAGCAACACAUGGUAAGUUCAGUUUGAUAUAAAGUAUAUUGUAUAUGUACACUACAUGUAUUUAUGUUUCAUUUUAGAGAUUGACCGAUUGUGCCACGAUCGGAAAUUACGACUGCCAAUUAUUCAUGCAACAAUCAACUGUACUCGAUUCUGAUUUUAUAACACGUCAUAAUGUUGGUUGACCAAGUAAAGAUGAUGUCAUUCAUUUCGAUUUUUUAAUGAUAAUUUCCAAUGUAACAAGUUACUUCAACCAAAGUUUGUUAUUAAUUAAGAACCGUUCAUAAAUGGCGCCCUUUACGCAUUAAUUUAACAUAUGCGUUAAAACGCAACAUGUAUCAACUUGCAGUGUAAAUAAUUUUUAAAGUGUGUAGUUCCUCAACAUUCAGUUUUGCACAUUCAGAUUGGAAUACAGAUAAUUCCACCAAUUCGGAUUAUCAACCAAUAAGGCAAGAAUCGGCCCGAUACCGAUUAUUGGUCAGUCACUGUUUCAUUUUGCCUUUGGUUUAGGUGUUAAUCGUGGAAACUGGUUUUUUGAGGUACAAAAUUACUAAUUUAUUUAACUCAUUGAGGUGGCAGCACUCUCCCCCUGAUGCAUGAGUAAAAUCAUCUGGCAUUAGACAAAGUAAAAUAAUAAAGUAGGGCGCAUCUGGGCGCAUUGCCACUUAAAGGGUUAAACCCAUCAUGUUACAUUGCAGCCUCAAAAGAUGUGCCCUACUUUGUUAUUUUACUCUGUCUAACGGCUGAUCAUUUUACUUGUCAAAGGGAGAGUGCCUGGCGCUCAAUGGGUUAACCUUAAAAUGGUUUUAUUAGGGAGGAGAUUGUGUGAGGUACAAUACUCCUAGAAUACUGGUGGAAGAAUAGUUGUUAAUGUUUUAUGAACUUCAAUGGACGACUUGCGCUUUAGACUAAAUUUUAAUCUAAGUAAGAACAACGAAAUCUAUCACCACAGUUAGAAAGAGCGUCUUGGAAUUAGUUAUAUUACAAAGUUUGGUUGCGAAAUGUUGUAAAAUACGGAAAAUAUAGCCCUUCAAAGUUGGCAAAUUUGUAUACUUUUGUAUUACGUGCCGCGUGCGUGAAUUUGGUAACUAAAUUAGUUACCAAUUUCCGCACGUAAUAGAAAUGUAUACAAAUUUGCCAACUUCGCAGGGCUAUAUUUUCCGUAUUUUACAACAUUUCGCAACCAAACUUUGCAGUUUUUCUAAUUUUGAUAACUUCUUCCCGAAAAUAUCCUUUGUUAUUCCGAGAUAAAAAUUUUUCUAAAGCGCAAGUCGUCCAUUACAUCAUUAGAAAUGGUUUAGAUAAUCUAAUUCCUUUAACUCUUUAAGUGACAAAGCGCAUUUUACUUUAUUAUUUUACUCUGUGUAAUAACACCAGACGAUUUACUCGUCAAGGGGAUUUUACAUUGCAGUCUACAAUGGCUGAAUUACUUAAAAUUUAGAAAUGAUAUGUCACACAUACAUACAUAGUACGUACUGUAUACACAUGUAUAUAAAACGUUAAAGAGGAAUGGUAUCUUUAGUAAAGUUUUACUCAUUUGACAUUGAGAGUAUAAAACAGUUUUUAUAACAAUUAGUUCGUGAAGCUGGACAAUCGAAAGGACGCUGUCUUCUUAGCUUGUAUACUGGAGUGUUUUUUCGAUGGUAGAAGAUGAUGAAGCUUAUGAUCAGUAUUCGAUAUACAACUGCAUUGAAAUGUUUCUUGCAAAGUUUCUGGCGCCUGUCCUUGAGAGUCCUAAGAUUGUGUAAUUUAAGAUUGUCCAUAUAGAAUAAUCCCGGAGAUAUAAUAAAUAAGCCACUCUUUUGAGUACAUUGCCACUCAAUUGGUUAAACAAUAAAACUAUUUUUGAAACGUAACAAGGUUUCUCCAGUUUCCAACCUUGUAUCCUAUUCUCAAUUAGGGUUGGGCGAUAUUUCGAUAUUUUGAUUUAUCGCGAUAUUUUCAAUCGCGAUUAUUGUAUCGAAGGUAGAAACUUGAGCGACGAUAUAUCGAAAUUAUCGUCAUGCUCGAUGACUAUCGUGAUAUUGCUUCGCAUGUGUAUAUAGCUUUUAUAAAUCCUAGAAAAUAUAGUUUUUAAAAGAAUUAAAACUAUUUCCUGAAUUAAAUACGAAUUCGAUACGAUAAAAUGAAAUGAAAUUGCAGGUAAAACAGCGAAUGAAAUCACAGGCGAACCAGCGGAGACAAAGUAGACACCGCAUAUAGACAGUUCUGGUUUAUGAACAGUAAAUAUUAGACUAGAAAAAGCCUUCAUAUUACUUUAACUUUAGUGUUGUUAAUUACUUGUUUUUAGUAAGACUAUAUAUAAGUUUACUAUCCCUUGAUAUUAAUUAAAAUUGAAAAAUGUGGUAAUAAAAAUAAAUAAAAUAUUUCAUUUAUCGCGAUAUUAUCGAAUAUCGUGAUAAUUUCCUUGACAAUAAUCGUGAGAUGAUUUUUUAAAUAUCGCCCAACCCUAUUCUCAAUAAUAUUAAGGUGACAGUGGAAGACAUGCCUGAGGGAACAGCAUCGAGAGUUGGAUGGUCGCAACUUUAUGGUUAGUUUUCCUGCUGUAUUUUGAAUUAGUACCAGGGUUUGAAAUAACGGUCGGACGUGCACCGGUCACAUUGUCCCUGUCAGAACUCAUGUUUUUGCUCAACUCAUUUUCUUGUACCAGGCAAUCUUCAGGCUCCGUUGGGAUAUGAUAAGUUUGGUUACAGCAUUCGAAGUAAAAAAGGAACGGUCUUUCAUCAAAGUCGUGGAAAACAUUACAGGUAGGAGUACAUAUACACAAUAUGUAAAAUGAUGAGACUGUUUGAGAAAGCGCUUAAAGAUCGACUAACCACAAAUACGAUUUUUGGUAUUUGUAAUAUUUGGGUCUUUCGAAGACGAAAUGUAAUAUAUCUUUAUAAUAAAAAAUCCCAUCUUGAUCAACUUUUUCACUGUCAAAGUUCCAGAUAUGAUGUCAUUAGGUGAUUUGCAAAUUAGUUUUCCUUUGUUUUUUGCAUAAAAAAUUCACCUAAUGACAUCAUAUCCGGAAACUUUGAGAGUGAAAAAGUUGAUCAAGAUGAGGUUUUUUACUAUUUCGUGUAUUACUCCUCAUAGAAGGGGCUAGUAUUGUAGGGGAUUAUAACUUGCAUGAGAUUUAGUUAGAACAUUUGAACGGCAACGACAACAACAACUACGACUUCUUCGCACGCCAUCAAAUCUCGUAGCGCUAGUCGUACUCGUAGUCAAAUCUAACGCCUGUAUUCUAAAAGCUCACUCAUACUCAGAGAGUGGACGUUCAAUCUGAGCUUCUCUUGAGUGUCAAUGCUGUUUUUGAAUAGUUAGAGGGUGAGUAGUCACUUAGUAAGGUACGACACUAACCCUACAGCUAUUCAAAAACAGCAUUGACACUCAAGGGAAGCUCAGAUUGGACCUCCACUCUUUGAGUGUCAGUGUAAGUAUGCUUUUAGAAUACAGGCGUAAAGCUCUCUAAUGUGUGCCCCUGGUGAUAACAGCUUUGUCUGUAUUUUAGUGACGGUUAUGCGACAGGAGAUGUUAUUGGAAUUUUUAUAAGUCUGCCCGAAAACAACCAGCCUGGAGGUAUGAUGGGUUGAAGUUUCUCAUCAAAAUCACUAAUCAGAUAGGAAAUCGUAGACUUCCGGUGCUAUCCGUUAUCGGGUUAAAUUUUUUUGGCUAGUCCUACAGGAAGAGACGUACUGUAAUUAACUAAACUUCCUUGAUAGACUGGUUUACACUAUCAAAGUUUCUCUGGUCACAGUAGGAACUCUGCAUGAGUAAAUUCUAUGUUUUGAAGAAUUUUAAAGAAAUGUUUGAGGGGACUGACCAGGGACGUCGCUAUAGGGGGGGGUGUAACACCCCACCAAUAAUUCAAACGUUGGUCAAAGUUGGUCAAAAUGGAACUGAUAUUUGCUUAAAAUUGAAGGUAAAAUUCGGGAUAAAGGAUGGUCGAAGUUGCUCAAAGUUAUGAAAUGGUUCGCAAUUUUAACAAUUUUAAAGCUUUUGUUAUGUUUGCGGUGAAUGUGCUUAUGUUAGUCCGGAAAUUUUUUUUUGAAAGUUUGUACGACUUGGUCAAAAUCCUAGGAAAUGUUGGUCAAAACAUGACUCCCCAAUGUUGAUGGCUUCGCUUCAGUCCCUGGGUCUGACUUAGUGUUUAACAGUUAGUCAGUUUCCUCAAACAUUUCCUACAAAUCCUUCAAAACUUAGAAUUUACCUAUGCAAAAUUCCUACUGUGAUCACAGAAACUUUGAUAGCCUUUGGAUACAGUGGGUCAAGACUAGACAGAUAGGAUCAGGUCGCUUGAUAUUGUCAUGGAAUUUUUGGCUUGGUAUUCUAUGGUUGCUCCAUCUCUUCUUAUUCGAUUCAUCUUUCUUUUUCAGCCAUGUUUUUACCACCGACAUACAAGGCAAAUGUAAGAAAUUAAUAAACCUUACUUGAAUAUUACCAUUGCGAGCUUGCGUGAAGCAUGCAUGUAAUUUGGAUUUUGUAGUGAAGUAUAUACUGUGGUUGUUAAUAUUUUUCCAAACAUUCUGGAUUUUAGGCUUUGAUAAAAUUUAAGAGUUUUCUCUACUACGAAGAAAAAGAUCGCGUCGAUCAAACAGAAAAAGUGAGUAGUAUAGCAUUUCACGAUUUUAGAAUAUAGCAUCGCCACUUUUGCUUUUCUUAUUGUCCUUGUCAAACGUUUAAAUAAUUAUUAUAUAAUACCUUAUUGAAUUCUGAUCGUUUAAUUGGCUGUUUAUGGUCACAUGAUAUUAAAUAGAAAAUUCCAUUUCUCAAGAGUGCAAUGGAAUACGUUCCAUUGCAAUUUUUUCGAGUGCAAUUGUACUAUACGUUUUAUUCCAUUGCACUCUUUGUGUUUUUGAUAAAUCGCAUCCGUCAAAAUGCUUCUCGUACGGUGAUCGCAGUUUAUUUUAACCCGAUAUUCGAAACUCAGUAAAUGGGAUUUAAUGCAAAUACGACUCGUCAAAAUGGCGGGAGCUUACAUUAAACCUUUUAAUAUUAGUCUAUUUUGGUAUUAUAUAAAACAAAUAAUGAAUGUUUUUAUUCGUGCAAUGGUAAGAAUAUUUUCAUUCGGUGAAAGAUGGAAUGUUCCAUUCAACUCGGCUGUCGCCUCGUUGAAUGGAACAUUCCAUCUUUCACCUCAUGAAAAUAUUCUUACCAUUGCACUCAUAAACAUUCGUUAUUUGUAUACUGUUUAACUGUCUCUUCCAGGAAUUGAGCCCGUUGGAAGGCAGUAAGGUACGUUUUACCGUGGUUGGUGUUUACGAGGUGGUAGUACGAUGAAACUACAGCACUCUUACCCCAAAUGCGGCUCUAUAAUCAAUGCUGCAACACCGUGUCUAUAAGGUGUGCCGAGAACAGACAUACUUUAUAGCCAUGGUGAGUAACAUGGUAUGGUACGGUAUGGUAUGGUGUAUGCUAUGGUAUGAUAUGGUGUAUGCUAUGGUAUGAUAUGGUGUAUGGUGUGGCAUGGUAUGGUAUGGUAUGGUGUAUGCUAUGGUAUGAUAUGGUGUAUGGUAUGGUAUGGCAUGGUAUGGUAUGGUAUGGUGUAUGCUAUGGUAUGAUAUGGUGUAUGGUAUGGCAUGAUAUGGUAUGGUAUGGUAUGGUAUGCAGGGGUCGAAAUUUAAUUUUUUUGUACUAUACAGCCGGAAUAGUAGAUUUUUAUAUUUACUAUUCCGUCUGAAGAUCCACUAUUUCUUAAUGUACUGUUUCUGAUUUUCAUGAAAUCAUCCUUGAGAUUCCUAAAGUGAACUGAAUAAUUGAAUAACAAAAAAUAAACAUGUACAGUCAGUGAUGAACAAAUUAUUAAUAAACAAAGUUCAAACACCGAAAUGAACUUGCGAACUUUGUUGCGAAGUUCGCGCCCAAUUUCCGAACUUGGAAACAUAAUUGGCAAGUUCGCAACGAACUGGGGAACCACGCGUUGAAAAGUGACUUGAAAUCGACAAUAAUAUUGCUGCAAAGAAAUUAGAAUACGCAAGUACAGCAAGCGAAGUAGCUAAGUCGGGUAUAAAGUGAUAUAUUAUAAGAUCAGGAAAACCCUUGCUUGUCGAUAUUUGGUACCACAAUUUUUUCUACUAUACAAACGGAAUACUGUGAUCAUGAAGUUUACUAUUCCAUCACGCAUUUUAGUAUAUUUGGAAUAGCGGGAAUUUCGACCCCUGGUAUGGUAUGGUAUGGUAUGGUAUGGUAUGGUAUGGUAUGGUAUGGUAUGGUAAAACUUUAUUUAAACACGCUAGCCUCGAUCAACGUGAGCUGCCUUUCAUGAGGGGCGUCACACAAUAACUACUUACAAAUUAAAGAAUAUACACAUUAAACUAUAUACAAGUUAAACUAUAUAGAAAAACAAGGAAGCAAAGAAUAAUAGAAAAGGAGUUAUAUAAAAACUUAACGAUUGGUGCGAUCCAAAGGAGGUGUUCAUGCCUGACGUAUUUUUCUUUUAAAAGAAGAAAGGGUUUCAGAAUUUUUUGAAUCCUCAGAAAUAUGAUUCCAUUGCAUGGCACCACUAUAUCGAAAAGUUUUCUUUAAAAAUUCACUGUUAGGCUUGUAGGUAAGCAUAGGUCCUGUAUCGCUACUACGCAAAUCAUAUAAUUAGACUGAAUUGUGUUUCUUUUGCAGAAAAACUCGUUUAGAUUAGGGGAAGUGUAUCCGGAUAUUAAGUAUUUUGUACAUAAUUAUUAAUUUAUUUUCUAAACGUAUCACAUAUACGUUCGACUAUUACUACAAUGGUCUAUGUGCCUUUGUUUUUAGAUCGUGUAUUAUCAAAACGGGCAAUCGAAGGUGCGUAGUUCUCUUAACUUGUUUAAAGAUUUUCAACCACAGACUUGUUACAACUCCUUACGGAAUAGAGCAUUUGCACUCAUUGCAGACAAAAGAGUCUAAUUAAAAUUCUUUUGAAUUGGAACACCAACUGGCGGCUCUGGCGUCAAUGCAAACGUUCUAUAUAGUGUACAAAAAUGCCAACUAUCUCAGAUAGGACAAGCAUAAGAAAAUUGUCAUAAGAUUGUAAAUUUGUGCAAUUAAGUACUAUUUACGACAUGAGCGGCCUUGUUGUAUCGGAUAUAAAAGAAAUGAAUGAUAUUUGGUGAGAAAAUUGAAUUUAAAGUUUAUAUGUAAAUCAGCAUGAUUUUGUAUCAGACGUACAAACUCCUUCAAGCUCAUGAUUUCUUUUGUGUUUUCUUCACGAAUUACUAAUGAGUUUCACAAAUUGGUUCACAUGGUUCUAGGGCGUGGCAGUGGAAAAUAUAUUUGGCGGAACAUACUACCCGGCAAUUUCUCUGUAUAAAAACGCCACAGUAAGUACUUUUUCCUAGUGUUUUUUUAUCACAACAGAACAUAUGUUCACAAAUAUCCUAAAGCAAUUUCUUUGAUAGGUAUCCAUCAACUUUGGUCCUGAAUUUAAGUUUCCUCCGAAAGAUGUUGAUUUUAAACCGGUAAGCAAAUUUUCAACUAUAUAUUCAGCGAAGCGCAGGUUCGAUUUCAGAAGACCAAAAAAGGAAGGUUCGAUUCCAGAGGGCCAACAAAGCCAGAUUUUGCCGGAAAUAGGUGGUUAGGGAGAAGUCCACAGCUAUCUAACUCGAGCAAAAAAGUCAGAGGCGUAUUACCUAUGGAGCAGGAGACCAGGAAGUCAACGGCGCAGCCAGGCAUGAAAUCCAGGAAUCCGCAGAAAGCCAUGGGAGAGAGAGGUGUCGUUUUUACAACAUUUCAGAUUUUGGCAGAAAUAAUUCGUAAUGGCCUGGAGCGACCAAAAAAUAAACAAAAUAAGCGUAGUCGGUAUUUUUCCGGCCUAACAUAAGCAUAUUCAAACUUUUUCGACCAAGAUAAGCAAGGCUUCCAAUUUUCUCACGGCAAACAUAACAAAAGCUUUAAAAUUGUUAAAAUUGCGAACCAUUUCAUAACUUUGAGCAACUUCGACCAUCUUUUAUCCCAAACUUUGACCAAAUUUUUCCGAGUUUACCUUCAAUUUUAAGCAAAUAUCUGUUCUAUUUUGACCAACUUUGGGCGAAUAUCAGUUCCAUUUUGACCAACUUUGACCAACGUUUGAAUUAUUAGGAGGGUGUUACACCCCCACUCCCACACCCUAUAUAUACCCACUAUAGCGACGUCCCUGCAUGUAGUGUACAUAUGUAUCAGUGUAUUAAUGAAUUAUGACUGCACAACUCGUCCAAUUUUGCCCUUCAUUACAAUUACUACAAAGUUUCUUUCAAAACAUUGCAUUAAAAGGGUACUUGACACAGAGAUGAAUGGCUAUCACUCUUUCAAUUUUACAGAAAAUCUUACGAAGUGUAGACCCUAAGCGACCAAAAAAUGUCAAAUUUUCACUUUGAUCUAUCAUUGAAAUUUUCCCAAGGGGAGGUGCAAAACAAUCUCAAGGGAGAUGUGCACCUCCCCACAAAAUCCGGCCAUGCAUGUGGGCCAAUAGUUGCAUUUUUCGCAACUACUCCUGAUUAGGUUAAUAAAUGUAUAAAAAUUCCACUCGGCUACAAAUCCCUUCUCAACUAGCACUCUAUGGAGUACUCAGAGGUAGUACAUGUUAGAGGUGUGCAAAUCCGAUCCGAUCGGAUUCGUUCGGAUUUCGGAACAAAAAUAUACAUAUCGGAUCGGAUUGAUAAAGUUGUUUCGUAGUCGGAUCGGAUCGGACUUCGAUAUUCGAAAUAAAAUGAAUGAAUUAUCCACGCAUUAUUGCAAGAAUUAAUUAUCCAUGCAUUUAUCAAAGCAUGAUCGCGGUUGUCGCUGCAUUUUUCGUUUGAUACUUCAAUUGGACGUCAUUUUGUCAGCUUCUUGACAUGUAUUUCUUGUUUUUCUAUUGAUUUGGUUAAACAUUUCAACUUGAAUGAGAAAUUUAUUUUGUUUUUAAGGAUUCUUCGGAUCGGAUUGAAAUUCUGUAUCACAACUCGGAUCGGAUUCGGAUUAGACAAUUUCGGAUCGGAUUUUAAACAUUAGGCAAUGGACCUUUCCCCUUAUAACUAAAAUUUCGAUUUGGACAAAAAUUUCAUCACAGCUUGAAAGAGCAUCACAAAAUUAGUAAUAUUCCAAAGUUCUGUUGCAAAAUCUUGUAAAAUGCAGAUAAUAUAGCCUUGCGAAGUUUGCCGUUUUUCAGUCAUUUUGUAUUACAAACGGGAAAUUGACAUCCGAUUCGGGUGUUGGGGCUGCAAUUUCCCGUUUGUAAUGCAAAAUUACUGAAAAUUGCAAACUUCGCAAGGCUCUAUUUUCCUCAUUUUACAACAUUUCGCAACGAAACUUGGGAAUAUUACUAAUUUUGUGAUGCUCUUUCAAGCUGUGGUGAAAUAUUUGUCUAGACUUGCCUAGAUCAAAAUUUUGGUUAUAAGGGGAAAGGUCUAUUGUCGGAUUAUAAACGUCCAAUCCGAUCCGAUGCACACCUCUGGUACAUAUAAUGAUAACUCAAUUUUAUUUCAUUGUUGCCUUUUUAGAUAUCAGAAAAGCCAGAACAAAUGUUCACGGAGCAAGCGUUGAGUGAUCUGUUAUUCAACGUUGACUUUUUAAACAACCCAACAGACUAUAGCGAAAAGUUACCGUUUCUCGCAAAUGCUAAGAAGAAAUGAGGCGAUUCAUUUUGUAGUUGUGCUUAGUACUUGUUUAAGAUCAUAACUUAUGACGCCUUAUAUACCCUGUGAAUACUGUAGAAUUCUAACUUUAUAAUGCUUUGCAUGCAUGUUUUUUGUAGUCUGUCA